AUGUCACAUUUUUCAGAUGUGCGAGAUCAGCUUAAGGAGAUGAAAAGUGGUGAUGAGGUUAGACAGUUACAUGAAUUACGAACCAAAUUAAAUGUAAUUAACGCUCAUUCCUCGGAGUCAAUGAAGAAAAGUGUCUUUUCAAACUACCAAAAGUUUAUCAAUACUGCCAAAGAAGUUUCACAUUUGGAACGAGAAAUAUACCAACUUUCAUCGUUGUUAUCGGACCAGAGAAUGCUUAUUGAAUCGUUGAUGCAAAUGACUGGAGAAGAUCGUUCUUCUAUUGGGACUUUUAGUUUGCAUGCUUCAUCCUUUAAUAUCAAUCCAAUAAACAUAUUGAUGCAAAAAAUGGAUGGUGUCGCUGCUUUAUUGAAUAACUUGUCAAACUCUGACCAAAUUAUCAUGUACGGUGAAGUAAUUCAACUCGACAACGACAGCAUGAGACCACAGCAGAGUGUGAUGCUUAUUUUGUUAUCAGAUCGACUGCUUAUUGGACAGUCGUCCUCAGGAAAAUGUCGUUUCCAGUUUGAAUCUUCACAUCCAUUGAAUAACUUAGCAGCUGUUAAUAUCAAAGAUGGAGAAAAUUCUGAAGUGGCUACUAGCAUGUUCAAGUUGUUGAUUUUUCCCGGUCAAAGAAUUUUUCUUGCUGAAAGUGCUAGAGUUAAAAAAGAAUGGUUAGAAUGCAUUGACAACGCGAAAAAAGAAAUGCUACAUGAAGGAUCGUUAGUACGUCAAGCAACUAUUCGAGGAAAGCGUUGUAAAGACUUAUCAGCUAAGGCUAAAGUCACUACUCAUCUUAUGCCAGUUGCAGAAUCAGUAGCAAUUAAGUCACCAGAUGAAAGCGCAUGGCUUAGCGAAUUGCCCGCAGAACUAGAUGAUUGCAUAGCUCAUCGAGAUAUGGAGCAUGCGGUUGAACUGAUUAUGGAAUGGAAGAGUUGUGGUUCACGAGAAGCCGCAAUUGAUGCACAAUUAGUUCUACGUGAAACUCAAAUUGUACAGUUAUUGUGUGAGGAGGUUCGUCGUCCGGGUGCUUUGCACGGCGGCCCACGAGCUGUUAGGAAAGCAAUAAAUCUUUUGACGGCUCUUGGUCGAGCAUCACAAGCAGUUGAUCUUUAUUUGAAAAAAAGAAGUACUGUGCUGCGAACAAGUACGAGAGAACUUACAAUGAGCGAAGAACCUUUAUCGUAUGUACGACAGUUAUCACAGCAGUUUUUGGACGUAAUAUCAGACGUUGUAAAAGAAUUCUCCAUGCAGCCAGAACACUUUUCCCUCAUAUUACAUUGGUGUUCGGGGGAAUUAAGUAUUUUAUUAUCUUUAAUACGAAGGCAUGUUAUUGAGGUAGCUCCUACAAUUGCAGUACUUGCGCAUACUUGGCGUAUACUGAUGACACAUUGUAAUAGUUUAACUGCAGUGGGCGUUGAUUUGACUUUCGAAGUGCAUCGAUUACUUGCACCAUCACUUAAAAUUGCAAUAAAAACAAAUUUUACAAAUAUUAUCGAGUCUAUUCGGCUGCGAAUUUCAGAAGAACGUUGGAGAGCAUAUAACAUAGAAAGUGAAUCAAAUGUAAAUCGUUUUGUGGAGGAAAUGUCUGACAUGGGACUUGCCGUCGAUUGGGCUUUGUCUACAACUCAACGUUCAUCAAUUAACAUUACUCAAAAUGCCUGUCAUUUUUCACGUGUUGCUUAUUCUCUAGCUCGUGAUCUUCUGUUACCUCUUUGUGAUACUAUUUACAAUGGAUCAGCAACAGGAAUUUUGUUCGAGCUUUUGGAAACAAAGUUCGAAAGUUUGUUACAGUAUCGAAGUGAUGAAAAUAGUCAUACGAAUUCUAGUGACGAAGAAGUAGCUCAUGUGUAG